AUGUCGUCAGAGAUAAGAAAUGUUGUCAUCGUUGGAUCGGGUGUUAUGGGCUCUGGAAUUGCACAGGCGGUAGCGAUAAAGGGAUUUAACGUCACAGUGGUUGAUCUUAAUGAACAGCUCAUUCAAAAAGCUAGAAAUUACAUCGAAAAAAUUCUAAAUCGUGUAGGAAGAAGAAAAUUUAAUGAUGAUCAGCUGAAAAUUGAGGAAUUUGUUAGAACGUCAAUGACUCGUGUUUUUGUGACUACAAAUUUACUAGAAGCUGUUAAAGAUGCUGACCUUGUAAUUGAAGCAAUUGUUGAAAAUUUAGAAACUAAGCAGAAAAUGUUUAAAUCUAUUGAUUCAGUUGCAAAAGCUUCUACAAUUUUUGCUAGCAAUACAUCUUCAAUUCCAAUAAGUAUGAUAGCCAAGAAUUCUAAAAGAUUGGAUAGAUUCUGUGGUCUUCACUUUUUCAAUCCAGUUGCAAUGAUGGAACUUCUUGAAGUCAUUAGAAUUCCAGAAACAAGUGAGGCUACUUACCAACUAGUCAUGGCAUUUGGAAAGAAGCUCGGCAAAACAUGUGUCACUUGUAAAGACACACCUGGAUUUAUUGUUAAUCGGCUUCUAUCACCAUUCAUUAAUGAGGCACUUACAAUGCUUGAAGAAGAUGUGGCUACUAAGGAAGAUAUUGAUGCAGCUAUGAAACUUGGUGCAGGACAUCCAAUGGGACCAUUUGAGCUUUGUGACCUUGUUGGUCUUGACGUCAUUCACAAUGCUCGUAAAUUUUAUCAUGAUCAAUUCCCAGAUAUACCAUUUUUCGCACCAAGUACUAUAGUUGAUAAGAUGGUUAAAGAGGGAAAAUUGGGCGUCAAGAGUGGUGAAGGAUUUUACAAUUAUAAAUAA